AUGUUUCAGCUACUCCGUCGUUUCGUUUCAUUACCAAAACAAUCGAUUCGUUCGUUUCAUUCAUUCGAUGAAAUAACACCUGGAAAGUACAUCUCAACUCAUCUGCAGAAUGGUGUCGGUUCGCGAUAUGUUUGUCAACUGCAACGCUUGACGAUUCAAGUGUGUAAAGAAUUUCGUACAUCGUACGGCACACGAGAAUGGAUUGCUAAUGAUUUAACAGCAUUUGCUCGUCAACAUCCGUAUGUUGUUAUAUAUGUUCAACCACGUCGUCACCGAGCACCAAAUCUAAUCGGAGAAUAUCUAAGUGGUGAUCGUCAAUGGAUUCCACUAUCAAAUUGUGAUCGACAGCAUGUGAAUUGGUGGAUACACAGUUUGUUGACACAACAAGGUGAUCCACAAUGGAGACUAUUAAAGAAAAUGCAUACGGAUUCACCGUCGACUCAAGGCAUAUGGACACCAUUUACAAAUAAACCAACUGAUCGAACAUUGCGAACAUAUCCCGACAACGAUCUGACUGAAAUGGAAUUUCCACAAGUAACAGCAACGCAACAAAUUCAAGAAUUAUUCGAACAACAAAAAGCUAGAUAA